AUGACUGAUGACGAAAAUCAAGCUGGCAAUCCUUCAUGCAAGACUUCAUCUAACCCCCUUGCUCUUCACGGCCGGCAUUUUGAUUUUGGUCAGACAGUGUUUGCCCUGUGCAAUUAUCCUGCUCUUCUGACUGCCGGUUUAACGGAUGGCGAUGAGGAGGAUAUUAUUCAUGUGGGAGAACUGGUAAGGAAAGGAGCCUCUGGUGCGCGAGGCGAUGAUACAAAGACCCUAAAAUCUGCUGUCCUCAAGUGGCUUGUGCCCAGAGGACAGCCACUCAUACCACCCCUCUCCCAAAAUAUGAAGUUGGACCGUGAGUUCAACCAUGAAGUAACCAGCAGAUUGCUCUGCCCUGCGGGCCUUGACUGGUCAAACGCAGAAACCAAGCAGAGUCUGAAGAGUGGUGAAAUUGCCGUCUGUGGUGAUCAAUGGCUCAUAUUCUUAUAUUCUGGAUACAACUAUGAUCCUGAUGAUCCAUGGAAGGGUUUACUCAAAAGUGAGAUACUAAUUUUCGGCUUUAAACACGUCUUUACAUCUCCGAGCUCGGUGGAUAGGGAGCCAAAGGCUACGCACUCCAGUAAUGCUUACUUGCAUGGUAUGAAAUCCAUGACUAAAGGUUCUCUAGCUUACAUUGCUACCCAGAUUCAGUUUUCCUUAAGUUCGUCGUCAGUGUUUUCAUGUACCGACACAGUUACGGACUCAGAAAAUUUUUAUCAUAGUAUUCUUGACUUACUAGAGGAUCCUGACGAGAUUGAGGAAGUUACUGACUUGAUGACGUGGUGGACGAGUCACAUGUUCCCUAAUUCUUCUUCACAGCGCACUAUAAGCAAAAACAGUGCGCUGUUCAAGAUUUGA